AUGAUACGGAUAUGCAUUCGAGCGACUCUGCGCGCGCCUGCGCCCAGACUUUUGCCCAACUUACACAAUCCAACGCCUGCAUGUUACCGCCUGUUCAGCAGCUCGCAAUGGCGCAAAGAAGAUCCGCGCAUGCCAGGCGCUGGUCGCGAGAUUGUUGAUGAGUUUGCUGUGCUGCGCGAGAAAUACUAUACUCCUAAACACACCAUAGUACUUGCGCACGGUUUGCUUGGAUUCGACGAAUUGCGUCUCGCAGGCCAAUUUAUACCUGGCAUACAAUAUUGGCGUGGCAUCACGGAUGCACUGGCAAAAAAGGGCAUCGAGGUUAUCGUGGCUGCCGUCCCGCCCAGUGGGAGCAUAGAGAGCAGAUCAGCGAAACUGGCCGAGAGCAUCGCAGUCAAAGCCAAGGGAAAGCAGGUCAACAUCAUUGCACACAGCAUGGGGGGUCUCGACUCGCGAUACAUGAUCAGCCACCUUCGACCGGCGGACUUCAAGGUGCUGUCUCUAACCACGAUAGCAACCCCUCAUCGAGGCUCUGCCUUUGCGGACUACAUGUUUGAGACCAUUGGCCCCCGCCGGGUCAAGCGCAUUUACAAGGUCAUGGAAUACUUUGGGCUUGAAACUGGGGCAUUCUCACAACUUACUCAGGAAUACAUGAAGACAAACUUCAAUCCGAGGACACCUGAUGUACCUGAUAUCAGGUACUACUCGUAUGGUGCGUCCUUGGAGCCCAGCCGAUGGUCUGUCUUCGCACCAUCGCACGCAAUUAUCAAGCCCAUAGAGGGUGUCAACGACGGACUAGUUAGCGUGCAAUCAAGCCAGUGGGGUGAUUACAAAGGAACAUUGGUCGGUGUGAGCCAUCUCGAUUUAAUCAAUUGGACGAAUCGUCUAAAGUGGUUCUUCUGGGAGUUGACCGGCAGCAAGCGCAACUUCAACGCCAUUGCGUUCUAUCUUGACAUCUGUGAUAUGUUGGCGAAAGAAGAUUUGUGAUUGCUGGAGGGAUACAAGACGUGUAUCGAAUAGCAUCAAUUCAAUGACAUGCUGGCCCUGUUGGUCGCAGUCUUGUUCGUACGGCGGGCAGCCUUUGGAAACCUCAACCGCUGGGGUUUCAAGCGGGCAAAGACCAAGGUUAAAUCAGCCGCCAACAGGUCAUUUGCUGCGCCGAGAGACACGAUGCUGAAACCAGACAAGGGGCUGACUCCAGCCCGGAACUGCGGCUGUAGUCUUAGUGGCUGUGUACUGCACAUUGGCCAAAGUAGGCAUGUGACAGCUUGAAAAAGCACAGAAAUCCA